CCAUUGUUUGUCAAUGGCUGCUCCAACUUUCUCACCGUUUAAUGACCAUUUUACCCUUUACGAUACUUGCAUUAUUAACAAUGCAAGCUUCAACAAUGGUUUCAACAACAAUAAUGUCCACUUUCAUUAUCCUGUCACUUACCCUACUUUGUCAUCUUCUUAUAAUCCAUUAGCUACCCAACAACAACUCGUACCGGCCCCGUUACCGGACCUUACUCAAUCGUUCGGCUUCGGUCAUGAAUACUAUUCGAAUUUGAUCGGUCCUGAUGUGUGUGAUGAAGGAGGGUUCUUUUUUAUGGAUCCGGUUGAGCCAAUGCAGUUAUGCAGCCAGCCGGAUUAUUAUCCAUAUCCAUCAUAUCCAGUCGUUCAAGAUGUAACCCCCAUGGAGGAGAUGCAGCCAGAACUCCUACCGCCAUUGCCCGAAAUCUACGAUGGCGGUGGUUCUUCUACUGCAGUGCCAAGCCCAGUUAGGGGUAAUCUCUACAGUGGGGUAGGGUUUAACGCUACUCAAGGAGAGGAAAGGAGUGUGCAAAUGAAGGAGAAUAGCGAUGGACGGGGAAGAGUAUCCGCGCAAAGUAUGGCGGCGAGGGUGAGGCGAAGGAAGAUAAGUGAAAAGACAUCCGAGCUCGGGAAACUGGUUCCCGGAGGUCAUCGGAUGACAACCGCCGAGAUGUUUCAGGCGGCUUUUAAGUACAUUAAGUUCUUGCAAGCUCAAGUUGGUGUUCUUGAGCAAAUGCCCUCAUCUCCGGGGCUCGGUUCGGAACUCCAAGCUUUGCUGACGUGUCCUACGGUACAAGAGAAGUUAUACGCUGCGGGGAAGUGCAUCGUAUCGCAGACACUUGGCGAAACCUUAGCCGAUGAUCAUCAAAGAACGAAGAAUUAA